CUUUCUGGGUGUGGUUGUGACACUCCUUAAUUAUCAUUCUGUGAUCAUAAUAAGCCAACUUGUUUUGGAGAUGAAAUCAUGGGUGCUUCUAUCUGUUCUUGUAUUGGCUGCAAAUAUGCUGCAGCAAUAUUGUGUGGAUGGACAACAAGCGCAAGUGCCUUGUUUAUUUGCGUUUGGGGGCACUCUAUCUGACCAUGGAAACAACAACAACCUUCGAACAAGGGCAAAAUCCAAUUAUGGACCCUACGGCAUCAACUUUCCCCGAGGCUCAACUGGUAGAUUUACCAAUGGAAAAACGCAAGUUGAUUUCAUUGCUGAAUUUACGAGAUUAAACACAUUCAUCCCACCCUUUGGAAACUUGCGUGGCUUAGACAAAGAAAUACUCAAGGGUGUCGACUAUGCAUCUGGAUCAGCUGGGAUUCUCAUGGAUACCGGCUCACAUCUAGGUAGCAAUAUCUAUUUCCUAAGGCAGAUCUCAGAUCACAGAAACGUAUAUACCAGAAUUGGUACCAUACUUGGAGGUAUUGAGAAAGGUCGAGAACACCUUAGAAAGUGCUUGUAUUACGUGAAUAUAGGCAACAAUGAUUACAUAUAUAAUUACUACCUUCCCCAAUUUUACCCAAGAUACCGCCGCUACAACCCUGAAGCAUUUGCACAAGUUCUUAUCGACAGAUACCUUUACCACAUUCAGGAACUGCGUCGUCUUGGGGCAAGAAAAUUCGUGAAUGUCGGGGUGGGUCGUAUUGGGUGCACUCCGUAUGCCUUAGCCAUGAAUAAUAGGACAAAUGGAUCUUGUGUUGAAGAGAUGAAUGCUGCAGCAUCCAUAUACAAUGCCAAGCUUAGAUCUCUAAUGGACCAACUAAACAACAAGAAAUUUGGUGAUGAUGGUUCUAAAUUCAUCUUUGUAAACAGCACAGCCAGAAACCUUGGAGUCGUUGCUAGUGGUUUCACUGUUACGAAUGCUUCUUGCUGCCCAACGGGAACGGGUGUGCUGUGUGUUCCUAAUCAAACACCGUGCCAGAAUAUAAAUCAGUAUGUGUUUUGGGAUAAAUUCGCUUUCACAGAACCUUUCAACAAAUUCCUCGCACUCCUUGCGUAUAAUGGUUCUAAUCCAGACUACGUUUACCCAGUCAAUAUCAACACCCUUGCUCAGUCUUGAUGCUUUACUUCAAAACCCCUUAUCCAUUUACAAAUCUUACUAAUCUAUUUUUAAUAAAUUAUAGUCAAUAAGUUCAUGAUGGGCGAACCAUACAUGCAUGAUAUGGGGUUUUGUUAUAUUUCUAUUUUUUUUUUGUCUUUUUCUAUCUUAUAUCAAUACUAAAUAUAUGAAUAUAUUUUCCA